UUAGUUCUUCUUCAGUGCUCUCCUUUGCUGCAGCCCUCACCAGGCUCCCUGAGUCCUCCAUCAUGGCCUCCUUCAGCUCCUCAGCCCAAACCGCCUCCUCUUACCGCCGACACUUUGGCCAUGGCAGCUACGCCUCACCCUCCCUCAACCGCGCCAUGCUGGGCCAUGCCGGCAGCGGUGGGGGCCAUGCCACCUCCAGGGUCUAUGAGGUGACCCGGUCCAGCUCAACACCAGCCUACCGGGUGUCUUCCAGCUACUACGGGAAGCCUGUGGGGGCCUCCCGGGUCUCAGUGGGGCGCACCUAUGCAGGCAUGGGUGAGACACUGGACUUUAGCCUGGCCGAUGCCCUAAACCAGGAGUUCUUGACCACAAGGACCAACGAGAAGGCCGAGCUGCAACACCUGAACGACCGUUUUGCCAGCUACAUCGAGAAGGUCCGCUUCCUGGAGCAGCAGAACCAGGCGAUGUCUGUGGAGGUGGAGCGCCUGCGCGGACGUGAGCCAACACGCAUCGCCGACCUGUAUGAGGAGGAGAUGAACGAGUUGAGGAGGCAGGUGGAGAUCCUGACCAAUCAGAGGUCACGCAUAGAGGUGGAGCGAGACAACCUGAUCGACGACCUGGACAAGGUCAAACUGAGACUUCAGGAAGAAAUCCUUGAGAAAGAAGAUGCAGAAAACAACCUGGCUGCUUUCAGGGCGGAUGUGGAUGCUGCCACUCUGGCUCGCCUGGACCUGGAGAGACGCAUCGAGACGCUGCAGGAGGAAAUCGCCUUCCUGAAGAAGAUCCAUGAAGAGGAGAUCCGCGAGCUGCAGACUCAGAUGCAGGAGACUCAGGUGCAGAUCCAGAUGGACAUGUCUAAACCGGAUCUGACAGCAGCACUGAGAGACAUCAGAGCCCAGUACGAGGGCAUCGCUGCCAAGAACAUCGCAGAGGCUGAGGACUGGUACAAGUCAAAGGUGACCGACCUGAACCAGGCAGUGAGUAAGAACAACGAGGCCCUGAAGCAGUCCCGGCAGGAGACCAUGGAGUUCAGACACCAGAUCCAGGCUUACACCUGCGAGAUUGACUCCCUCAAAGGCACUAAUGAGUCCCUGAUGAGGCAGAUGAGGGACAUGGAGGACCGCCAUGGACGGGAUGCGAGUGGUUUCCAGGACACCAUCGCACGGCUGGAGUCAGAGAUCGCCAACAUGAAGGAUGAGAUGGCACGCCAUCUUCGAGAGUACCAGGACUUGCUCAACAUCAAGAUGGCCCUUGACAUGGAGAUCGCCACCUACAGGAAGCUGCUGGAAGGGGAGGAGAGCAGGAUUACCUUGCCUGUGCAGAGCUACUCCACUCUGAGCUUCAGAGAGACCAGCCCCGAGCACCAGCAGCGCUCCUCUGAGACGCAUUCAAAGAAAACCGUCCUCAUCAAGACCAUCGAAACCCGUGAUGGAGAGGUUGUAAGCGAGUCGACGCAGCACCAGCAAGACAUCAUGUAAGGAUCUGCAGAAGAUCAAGAGAGGAGAAGAAGAAACAAAGAGCACAUCUGUCCUGUCCUGAGUCACAGAGGUGGAGAGCACAAACAAGAAAAGAUGCACAAAUAAAACCAGAAAAAAUCAUGACUGUAAAAAGUAAUUAUUAUGGCAUGUACUGGUUUUGUUCAGAGGUAACUAAGUGAAUAUGAAGCAGGAUGGGGGUUUCUUUAUCUCCGCUUUUAGCCGGGUACAAAAAACCUGUAUGGAGCUGGCUUUGGGUGCACUACAUGAAAACAACAUUUUUGCAUCUAAGAAAGACUUGAAGAGUGUUGGAGCAUUUCAGACAGCCUCCUAAUUUUGUUCUGCGUACACUGCCUCUUGAAUUAAAUGUCAAAAAAGAAAAAAGUAACAUGAA